ACGGAGGACAUGGAGGAUGACGACAGCGCCCGUCCGCUGGCUGAGUCCCUCCUCCUGGCCGUGGCCGACCUGCUCUUCUGCCCGGACUUCACCGUCCACAGCCACAAGAGGAGCCCCUGUGACUCGGUGGAGGACAUGCAGUCCAUUGACAGCUGUGAAUACAUCUGGGAGGCCGGGGUGGGCUUCGCCCAGUCCCCCCCCCUCAACUACAUCCACGACCUGAACAGAAUGGAGCUGCUGCGCCUACUGCUGACGUGCUUCUCCGAGGCCAUGUACCUGCCCCCCUCCUCUGACCACAGCGUGCUCAACCCCUGGGUAACCUUCUUCUGCUCCACCGAGAACAGACACGCCCUGCCGCUGUUCACCUCGCUGCUCAACGUGGUGUUCGCCUACGACCCGGUGGGCUACGGGAUCCCCUACAACCACCUCAUGUUCUCCGACUACCGGGAGCAGCUGGUGGAGCAGGCGGUGCAGACGCUCAUCGUCACGCUGGAGCACGAGGGCGGAGCCACCCGCCUCCCCGCCUCCCCGUCCAGCCUCGAGGAGCAGGAGUCUACCGGCCCUGAUAACCUGUUUGUGAACUAUCUGUCAAGAAUUCACCGAGAAGAGGACUACGACUUCAUACUGAAGGGCCUGGCCCGCCUGCUCACCAACCCGCUGACCCAGACCUACCUGCCCAACUCCACCAAGAAGAUCCAGUUCCACCAGGAGCUCCUGGUGCUCUUCUGGAAGCUCUGCGACUUCAAUAAGAAGUUCCUGUUCUUCGUGCUGAAGAGCAGUGACGUCCUGGAUGUUCUGGUUCCCAUCCUGUUCUACCUGAACGACGCCCGGGCCGACCAGUCCCGCGUGGGACUAAUGCACAUCGGCGUCUUCAUCCUGCUGCUGCUGAGCGGCGAGAGGAACUUCGGGGUCCGCCUGAACAAGCCGUACUCCGUCCACGUGCCCAUGGACAUCCCCGUGUUCACCGGGACCCACGCCGACCUGCUCAUCGUGGUGUUCCACAAGAUCAUCACGAGCGGACACCAGCGGCUGCAGCCUCUGUACGACUGUCUGCUCACCAUCAUCGUGAACGUGUCUCCCUACCUGAAGAGUCUCUCCAUGGUGGCCGCCAACAAACUCCUCCACCUCCUCGAAGCCUUCUCCACCUCCUGGUUCCUAUUCUCGGCCUCCCAGAACCACCACCUGGUCUUCUUCCUGCUGGAGGCCUUCAACAACAUCAUCCAGUACCAGUUUGAUGGAAACUGCAACCUGGUGUACGCCAUCAUCCGCAAGAGGAACCUCUUCCACCAGCUGGCCAACCUGCCGUCAGACGCCUCCUCCAUCCAGAAGGCCCUGCAGAGGAAGAAGAAGAGCCCCGACGUCAUCUCCAGGACCAGCUCUCAGGAGACCAUCUCCAUGGAGGGCUCGCGGCCGGCCGUGCCUGCCGAGCCAGGGACCCUGAAGGCCAGCCUGGUGGCCAUACCCGGCAUCGAAAAACUCACAGAAAAGUCCCAGGUGUCAGAGGACGGGACGAUGGUGUCGAUACCAAAGAUGGACUCGCCCCAGAAACCUCUGGCAGACCAGAGCACCGUCACGGGCACCAGCGACACGGAGUCCAACUCUGGGAGAGACACGGAGGAUGUCUUCUACACCGAGGCGGAGAUGGAGAGGAGGCCUACGUCCAGCGCUUCCUCCACCUCGUCCUACUGGGCUCCCAGUCCAGAAUGGGUGCUCUCCUGGAGGAGCAAGCUCCCUCUGCAGACCAUCAUGAGGCUGCUCCAGGUACUGGUCCCCCAGGUGGAGAAGAUCUGCAUCGACAAGGGUCUGACGGACGAGUCGGAGAUCCUGAAGUUCCUCCAGCACGGCACCCUGGUGGGCCUGCUGCCCGUGCCCCAUCCCAUCCUGAUCAGGAAGUACCAGGCCAACGCCGGCACAGCCAUGUGGUUCCGCACCUACAUGUGGGGGGUGGUGUACCUGAGAAACGUGGACCCGCCCAUCUGGUACGACACCGACGUCCGACUGUUUGAGAUCCAGAGGAUGUAGACCGUGUCCGUCUGUCUGUGAUCCAGGCUGUGGAAGUCUUUCCGUCUGUCGGAGAUGAAGCGGACCCUUGACCCUCAUGUCAAUCAUUGGGACGAUUCGGCGCCUGGGGUCGUGUUUGUUUGGCAUAUUGCUGCUUCUCUUGUCAUUCUCACUGUUUAGCGUUGCCUCCCAGUCCUCCUCCUCCUCUUCCUCACGCUGAGACACUGCAGCCUGGGUCGAAGCAUGCAGAAGGAUUUUUUUUAGGGUGGGAGUCAGGAGGGACUUUUGCAAAGGAUGGCGCUACGAUUGAUUUUUUUUUACAAUAUUGUUUCGAUAUCGUUCUCGAGUGGAGCAAAGAAAUGCUAAACGUUUUGAGUGACGGGGUGUCAAUCAUGCAGCUCGUUGGCCCUGAACAUACGCUAAACAUCGUUAUCGUGUUCCGUUUGUCCAGCGUGUUUGCCAUGGUUUAAAGUGUACUUGCACUCAUCUUCUGUGAAUAGUUGUAGUAUAUGAAACGAGGCAACAGGACUUUUAAGAGAUACAUAUUUAAGAAUGACGUUAUAUGGAUGUAAUCAUGCUGAUGACUUUUUGUCUUACAUUCUGUUUCUAUAUAUUGUGUUAAUGUUUAAAGUAUUUUUCCUUAUUCAGAAGAAUGUUGUUUAUUUGGACCAUAUUGCUAUCUAUAUAUUGUGUUGGAUGGGAAAUAUCAUGGUUGUCAAUACAUUAAAAACAAUGCAUAGUACCAUU